AUGGAAGCCGUGCUCAUGCAGCAGACGGCGGCGGCUGGGCCGGCGACACGGCGGUGCGUCGGGAAGAUCACACUGGCCGGACACGGGUUGGGGGCUGUUCGGCUUGCUGGCACGACGCGGUGCGCCGCCAGCUGGGGCGUCCGGGCCAGGCCGGGCCUCGCGAUCGCGAGGGCGCAGCUCGUCGCCGAGGAGCAGAGGACCGAGGUCGCGGGCGAGGCUGACGACGACGCGCGGGCGAUGAGGCUGUUCGUCGGCCUACCCGCGGACGUGAUCUCCUGCAACGGGGCCGCGGUGAGCCGGCCCCGGGCCAUCAGGGCCGGGCUGCGCGCGCUCAAGCUGCUCGGCGUCGAGGGCGUCGAGCUGCCCGUGUCUUGGGCCGUCGUGCAGCCCGGAUCGGAGGAGAAGUUCGAGUGGACCGGGUACCUCGCCGUCGCUGGCAUGGUCCGCGACGCCGGGCUCAGCCUCCGGGUCUCGCUCCUCACGCACGGUCGCGGCGCCACGCUCCCCGCUCUCCCCGGCUGGGUCGUUGACGCGCUCGCCGCCGACCCGGACAUCCUCUUCGCAGACCGCUCUGGGAACCGCCGCAAGGAAUGUCUCUCUUUUGCCGUCGACGACCUACCGCUGCUCGCCGGGAAGUCGCCGAUCCAGGCAUACGAGGCCUUCUUCCGAAGCUUCGCCGACGCCUUCCAGGACUUCUUGGGCUCUACCAUUACGGACGUGACCGUCAGCCUGGGUCCCGACGGCGAGCUCCGGUACCCGUCGUACCCGCCGGGAUGCGAUCUCGUGGACGGCUACGCGGGCGACGGCGAGUUCCAGUGCUACGACAAGCACACGCUAGCGCGGCUGAAGCAGCACGCCGACUCGUCGGGGCGGCCGCUGUGGGGCCUGGCGGGCCCGCACGACGCCCCGCGGUACGAAGACCCGCCGGAGUCCUCGGGCUUCUUCAGGGGCUCGUGGCAGACCGAGUACGGCAGCUUCUUCCUCUCGUGGUACGCCGGGGAGCUCCUGGCGCACGGUGACCGCGUCCUGGCCGCGGCCACAAGGGUGUUCUUCGGCAAGCAGAUCGAGCUGUCCGCCAAGGUGCCGUUCCUGCGUCGCCGGUCGCGCCCCGCGGAGGCCACCGCCGGGCUGCACGGCGGGUACGGCCCGGUGGCCGAGAUGUUCGCGCGGUACGAUUGCACGGUGCUCGUGUCCGGCACGAUGGACGCCGCCGCGGGGUCAGAGGCAGAGGAGGUCCUGGCUCAGAUCAAGGACGCCUGCACGGGGCACGGCGCGCGGAUCGCGUACGAGAACGCGUCACUCGUCGUAGCCAGCGAUGGCGCUGGCGCCGCCGGUGCCUUGGGCGGCCUGCUGACCGCCGACCGCACGCGGCCGUGCCACUUCACGUACCAGCGGAUGGGCGCGGAGUUCUUCUCGCCCGACCACUGGCCGCUGUUCGUGCAGUUCGCGCGAGACCUCGAGUUCCCUGAGGAGUCGCACGAGGACGAUCUGCCGGCCGACGGCGGCCAGUUGGCCCCUCUCUCCGGCCGCGUGGAACAGGGCGCCGAGAAAGAGGCGCAACUAGCUUGACAAACUUGCUGUUGCGUCGGUCUCCUUGAUGUACAUAGUCCAUUUAGUAGGGUUCAGCUGUAAAUUCCAGCUGAGAACGACGGUCCCUAUAUUAGUGGGGUCAGUAGUUGAUCGAAUUGUAUUCCAAAGUGUAUUUCAUCAUUGUGAUGAUUAUUUGUUGGCGUUGCGUCGGGAA